UCAUGGCGGAGGAGCCUGACGUGGGGCUCGAUCCCAGAACGCCGGGAUCACGCCCUGAGCCGAAGGCACACGCUUAACCGCUGUGCCACCCAGGCGCCCCUAUUUGAUCUUUAUUUUGAAGUAUUUAAUGUUUGUAUUCCUCCACAGGCUUAAAAGUAGUGUUUCACUUCAGUUCACUAGAACUUAAGAAUUAGAGAUAGUAAUAAGCCUUUGUCCCUUUGUGUUGUCACAACUCCUCACCUGUCUGGAGUGUUUCAGUACCUGGUACAGCCCUGGAUUCUGACGAUCUUGUGCACCGAUACUUGAUUACAGUGUGGUGGGAUUGAAUAUAGAACGCUGCUGCUAAUGAAGGAAGGAAAGGGCUGCGGGACUCGAGAGCUGCAGCAGCUGUACUGUGCCAUGUUUGUUGGUUAACCUGCUUUUCACUUCCUUUAGAAAGAUUAGAGGCUGUAACUACGCAGUGUCUCUGCUUCCUGAUUGGGGUCUUGGAGAGAGAUGGUUCUCUGCCAGUUGAGACCUAACAUUUCCGAGGUUUCUCGCUUUUUUUGUCCUGUGGAGCAUACAGCUGAGAGCCAGGUUCUUGAGAACGGGCAAGGUUUGGGGAGUCAGUAGAGUGAAAAGGACAAGGACCUGAGAGUCAGAGACCUGGAUGCCAACCCCUGGUUUCUGUUCCAUGGGCCUGCCUGGCCUCUAGUUUUCCCAUCUGGCAAAAGAAUGGGCUGGUAUCAGAGCUUCUGACUGAGUUGGUGUGUUUCAGAAGUGUUUUACUCUUCCCGAAGCAAUGGUUGUGGUGGGCUGGCCAGAACUGGUUUUUGUUGCAGGUGUGGGGAGAGUCAAGAAGGGCAUGGAUGAGGUUUUGGGCAGGGAUUCACCCCAUUUCCAUUACAGUCUCUCGGUCUUCUCGUGGGACAGAGAUAUCCUUGUGGUCAGGGUCCUAACUGAUAUGGUCUCAGCAGAGUUCAGAAAAAGCCCUUCUUCUGUGUUUCCCAGUCAAGACCCUUUCCACCAGUAGUUUGGGCCUAUCUCUCCCAUGGCCUUAUAGCUCUUGCCGGUCUCCUGCUAGAGAUCAGAGAAGGCUUUCUGGAAAGGUGGUGGUGUGUAGUCAAAACUGGGCAUUUGAUCUAACCAAAAAAAUGCCCACUUCAGCAGCCUUGCAAUACUUACAGAUACACAGACCCCAGAAAAGUAUCUUUGAAGAUUUUACUUCCCCAAGUUAUUGGUGGUCACCUCCUCUCUCGCUCUCUGGCCGACACUCAGGCACUCUGUUCUUGCAACAUCUUACACAUGCUCUGAAUGCCCAGGCCCUUUCUUUGGAGCUUGGGAGUGAGGCUGGACAGUCAGGAUGGCCCCCUAGUAGCAGCUCAGUGUGUCUGGGCACUCACUGGGCAUGUGGGGAGCAGGACCACACACUUUUCUAUAUUCUUCUUAGUCUUUAUGCAUAUGAGAUUGCAAAUACAUUUUUGCUGCUUGAUAGUAAUUGCAGAUACCUCAUUUCUGUUUCCCACUCUCCCUCUUUGGAGAGAAACCAGCUACCCAGGAGAACUUGUGGAUCCUCUACAAGCCCUCCUCUGGCCCCUUUGUCUGGUCCCAUGAACCCCUUCCCUUAGUUCAGUCACUGUUUUCUCCCACUUCAUCCCUGUGACAGCCUCCUUCCUGGUCUCUGCCCCAUACCCCAUCCCUCCAUCUCUGUUCUGUGCAAUGCAGCUAGGAUGAACUUUUGUUGUUGUUUGCAGCCUUACUGAGCUAUUAUUUACAUAGCAUACAGUUCACUCCUUUAAAGUAUACACCUCAAGGGCACCUGGCUGUCUCAGUUGGAGGAGCAUGCGACUCUUGAUCUCGAGGUUGUGAGUUUGAGCCCCACGUUGGGUGUAGAGAUUACUUAAAAAUAAAAAAUCUUAGGAAAAAAAAUAUAUACACUUCAGUGGCUUUUAGUAUAUUCACAGAGUUGUGCAGCCAUCCCCGCAGUCAAUUUUAGGAUAUUUUCAUCACCAAAAACAAACCCUGUAUCCAUUAGCAAUCAUUCCCCAGUCCCUCUUCCCUCGUGACAACCACUACUUUUGGUUCCUGUGGCUUUGCCUGUUCUGAACGCUCCCGUGAAUGGAAUCAUACACUUUGUGGCAAUUUGUGAUUGGCUUCUUUCACUAGACAAUUUUUGAGGAUCGUCCGUGUUGUAGCCUGUAUUAGUACUUCUUUUUAUUAAUGAAUAAUAUUCCAUUGUAUGAAUGCGGUACAUUUUAUUUAUCCAUUCAUCAGCUGACGGACAUUUGGGUCGUUUCUGUUUUUGGCUGAUGUGAAUCCUGCUGCUAUGGAACAUAUAUGUACAAGUGUGUGUGUGGUCGUGUUUUCAUUACUCCCGGGUUACAUAUCUAGGGGUGGAUUGCUGGGUCAUGCAGUAACUCUGUCUUAACCUUUUGAAGAACUGCCAGACUAUUCUCCCAAAUGGCUGCAUCAUUUUCCAUUUUCCCCAUUCGUAUACGAGGGCUCUAGUUUUUCCAUAAUCCUCAUCCACAUUUGUUAUUUUGCAAUGUGAAUUGGUAUCUCAUUGUGAUUUUGAUUUGCAUUUCCCUGAUGUCUAAUGAUGUUGGGCAUCUUUUCAUGUGCUUCAGAAUGAACUUUCUUAAGAAAGUUAUUCUGUUAUUCUUCUGCUUAAAACCUUUCCAAAGCUUCACUAUUGCCCUUGGAAUAAAUUCCAAACACCAGUGUUAGCUCACAGCUUGUCGAAAUCUAACUUCUGAUAUAUCUGGCCUGUUCCCCCCAACCUCCCCUGCCCUGUGCCCACUAGUUCCUCGGAUCCAUCUUGAGCUCACCAUCCUUUCAAACCCUGCUCAGUGCUUUUCUUCCCCAACAGUGGCGCACUCUCCUGGGCCUUUCUGCCUUCUACCUGAGCCUUGCCUUCUCUUUUUCCUCAUCCUCGAGGACUUGGAGAUGCCUCCAGGCGGCUGCCUCCAGCUUCAAGCCAGGUUAUGGGCCCCUGCUAUGUAACCCACAGUACUGCCGUGAAUGACACUGCUCAUUUCAGGGUUGGGUUAUACAGUCACACCUAAGAUAAAAAUGGAGUGUGAUCAAAAUUCCUCUUGGAAAUCUUGGGGAAGGUACCAUGUUGAAAACCAGCAUCGUGAGAUCCAGCACAGUUGGUUCCUGCCUGUGUGGGAACAAAUCUUAGUUUCUUUGGUUGAACUACAGGUGAAGUGGUUGGCCUGCAAUGAGGGUCCUAUUGUGCAAAAAAACCCACGUGUUUUUAGGUGUUAAACUCACUCAGGCAAGUAACUCACUUUUGAAGAGGCUCUUGAGAACUGUAACAACCCACAGGAGUGGCAGGACACAAGCUUACCUUAGGUGAGUGGAAGGGCAGGUGAAAUGGCCCAAAUGACUUAAAAUUGUUUCCCUUUUUCCUUGUCUUUUUUUUUUUUUUUAAACUUUUUCGGGAAAAUAUACCAUUGUGUUUGCCCAGGUGAAAUGUGUGUAUGAUGCCAAAUCUCUGUAACCGCCCCCCAAAGCCAGCACGCCUAGACACUGAAUUGUAAUUCCUUGUUCCCCCUUUGUCUUUUUUGCUAGAUUGUAAGCUCCGUGAGAGCAGGGACCAUGUCUGGUUUGUUCACGAGGCUUUCUCCAGUCUUAGAGCCCUGCCUGGCACCUGGCAGGUUAUCUAUAAACAUGCGGUGAAUGUAUAAAUCCCCCAGCUGCAGGAACAGCUUCAUUCUCAAGGCCUUGGGGUCCUCUUACAGGCUAGUCCUUGUUUUCUGCCUUGUACACACAAUACUUGAUGUUCAUGUUUUAUUUUCCCGUUCAGCCUGUGAGCUCCUAAUGAGCAGGUGUCUUCAUGUUGUCAUCUCUGUAUCCUCCCACCAUGCCAGUCCAGAGUAAGUAGUACUUAAAAAGUGUUUGGUAAAUGAGUGAAUUACGGUAACAACCCAGCUCUGACUCCUUUGCCUACAGGCUAGUCGAAUUCUAGCUGACACUACCAGAUUGAAAAAGAGGAAGAUUAUUCAGAAGUGCACAAACUGUACUUGUAUAAGAAAAAAAUAUCAUUAAUUAGACCUCCAUAAAUUCAAAUUUUGAUGAUCUGGCCAUAUCUGAGCUGAAGUUUACCUGCUGUUUAAAGAAUUUGCAAGAGAAUCAUGUAGUUUUUUUUGGAAAGCAUUCAUCUGCCCCAGAAGAGCAGGAAGGGAAGCUGGCAGGCGAAUGAGAGGCCCCAAAGAGGGAUUACUUAGCCAGUUCUUAGCUUUGGGACCUGUUGGAGAGGUGAGCGACAGCUCCAAAGUAGGUGGAGAGAAACAACGUGUUCAAGCAGCAGCUCUUUUGUGGCGGGUAGUAUUCCGCCUCUCACUCGGAGCGUCUUAAAGUUAUGCUGAAAUGCUAACGGCCAGUUUGGAUUAACAUUAACAACAAAUCAUGGCUUCACAGAUUAAUUGCUGUGCAAAUAAAUUUGGUGUAUAAGUAUUUGCUUUUAAACUUUAUAUAACAGGAAGCAAAUGAGAAGUUAAAGCAUUUUUUUCCUUUUCAAGAACUGAAAGGACAGAAUGUUUUGGAUAAUUUUGAGAAUAUCACACUUGCUUCAGGGCAGGUUGUUAUUGCAUAAUCUGACCAACAAAAAUCCAGAACUUUUCUUACAUGUUUAUAAAAUAAAUCUUAGAAGAAAAAAUAUACUAGUAUUUUUUUUUUUAAUGAAAUUCUAUGAACAUUUCACAGGAUUUUGAUGUUCUGGGGAGCAAUUAGGGAAAUACUGGCUCAAAAGCCUGUUUCAGAUUGUGAGGCACUGGAGUGAAAUUUUCCUGUGCUAUAAAUAAAACUCUAAAGUAUGAGUGGUAUUAACCUGCCAAAGUCAAUACCCUGCCCUAGGGUUCUUACCUGUUUUUGCUUGAGCAAUUCAGAGGCCCUCUUUGCAUGACCAGAUUCUUCAGUAGGUGGAACUUUGUGUCAUCUCAAAUUGUCUGUCACCCUCACCCCUGACUGGUGUAGGUUAGUAAAGGCAAGAGGCCCACACCAUUGGCAGAAGAGGAGACAUGACCUUCCUGUCCCUUCCAGGCUUUUUAUGUGUUUAAUCAUGUGAUGCAUCCCCUUUGUCAUUUACUCAGAAAGAUUACUCAGAAAGCCCAUGAGCAGGAGCCUGCGAGCAGAGUGUCUUGGGGAGGGGGUCAAAUAGAAUAGUGUCUGAGACUGGGCCUGAAGCCCUGGGGACACAUUUUUUCUCACAAACUGGAAAAGACUGAACAAAUCACUUCACCUCUCUGGACCUCGGUUUUCUUGUCUGUCGAAUGAAAGGCUCAACUGGGAUGGUCUCCAGGCUUCUUUCUAUUGUUAAGUUGAGUUCUAGCAUCUUUGCUCUACUUUUGCAAAGACCAUUAGGAGCCUAAAUUGAGCAGGAAGUAGGUGAGGGCAAGCAAGCGGCCCAAGCCCUUGGACCCUUGGUCCCUUGGUUACAGAAGAACAAGAGGACCCGCUCCCUUGCUUCUUCCCGCUAAGCCCACCUUCCCCAACACCACACUCACACCAUUCAGUGUUUUAUUUGGGAGGCUUUUUAGGAGGUAGUCCAUUGUAUUAGCUUGGGGUGCCAUAACAAGAUACCGUAGACUGAGUGGAUUAAAACAAUAGAAAUUUAUUUCCUGGCAGUCUAGAGGCUGAAGGGCCAAGAUCAGGAUGCUAGUCUAGUCAGGUUCCAAGGAGGGCUCUCCUCCUGGCUUGCAGACGGCCAUCUUCUCGUGCCCUCGACGUGGCCUUUCCUUGGUACAUGCGCAUGGAGACAGAGAUCUCUCUUCCUUUUCUGAGGCCACUAAGCCUGUUGAUUAGGGCCCUACAUUUAUGACCUUAAUUAUCUCCUUUGGGGCCUUUAGACCCUGUCUCCAAAUAAACUCAUGUUGGGGGUUUAUGGCUUCAACAUAUGAAUUUGGCAGGGGGGCUCACAAUUCAGUUCAUGACACCCAGUAAUGUGAAAAUUCCAGUAUAUGUUUGUGAAAUGAGGUCUCUGCUUUUUAAAAGCUCACGAACUGGGAGGGAUUUAGACCCAUGGGUGUGAGGGUAGUAGGGCUGUAGUAGUUCAGAGUGCUGGUACUUGAGGAGACUGACCUGUCUCAAGUCCCAGCUCUGCCACUUAUUAGCCAUAUGGCCUCAGGCAAGUUUCUUAACCUCUCCAGUCCAGUAUCCUCAUCUGGGAAGUUAGGAUAACCAAGUAGGGUAGCUGUUAGGAUCAGAUGAGGGCUUUGCAUGGAAGGUGCUUGGCACUGAGUCUGGCACUCCCUCCUUAGUCAAUGGUGGUGAUUCCUACUGCUCCUCAGACUCCCCUCCCCCCGCCAGCUGCCCUUUGCCAGCUGUGUCCUCCACUGCAGUCCUGUCUCAGUAAGUCCUCACUCUUCCAAAUUCCCUGUACCCAGCUUCCCCAGCCUCAGAAGGCUAGUGGGUAGGUAGAAUAUCUUCUGUGCCUGGAGGCGAUGAGGCAGGACGAUGGGAACAGCCCCCUAUCCACUGAUGAGCACAGAUAUCAGAGCUUUUGACUCACAAGACAGAGCAGUUAGUACUUUUACCUCUUGCUGAACAGGUCUCCAUCCCGUAACUUUUAAGACUUUAUUUUGAAAUAAUUUCAAAAUUACAGUAAAGUUUCAAGGGUAGGGCAAAGAACAUUUUGCCCUAUUUUAUCAUUCAUUCUUUCCCUCCUGCCUUCUGUCCCCCCAUUCCCACCUCUGAAGCAUAAACUGUUUGAGAGUGACUUGUGUAUACCUGUCCCUUAACCCCUAAAUAUUUUAGUAUACAUUUCCUAAAUUCUUAGGAGAUAGGACAGUCUUAUAUGACCAUGACAUAGUUAUCAAAAUCAGGAAGUGUGUAAUUUCAUCUGAGCAAUACAAUAGUAUCUCAUCUUUAGAUACAGGUUUCGUUUUUGCCAGCUAUCCCAGUAAUGUUUUUAAAGUUUUGUUUUGUUUUUUUUCUUGGCCUAGGAUCUAGUCCAGGAUCACACUGCAUUUUGUUUCCUCUCCUUAGUCUCCUUUAACCUGGAACAGUUCCUUAACUUUUGUUAUGACGUUAACUUAUGACACUGAUGUUUUUAAAGAGUUCAGCCCAGUUACGUUGUAGAAUGCUCCUUAAGUUGGUCCCUUACCAUUUGUCUAAAACCUGUAUGAGGCUCUGAGCAGAAGUGUUGUAGAACACAGUCUGGCUGUUUGCUUGGGAUCUUAAGUUUGGAUUUGUGAGGACAGCAGUUACUCUCAGAUGGGCUCGAAUACCUAUAUGUGCUCGUGAUUAGGGCUCUGCCAUGCUGACAACCAGCAAGCUUGGAUAAAUACAUCUUUGAGGGAUGCAGGAUGAGUCUACAUUCUAGAAGUCUCCAAGGAUGCAGAAAUGGCCCUGGUCCCUGUCCAGCCUUCAAUCAUCAGCUUGACUUAGCCUCCUGAGGUGCCCUGACGUUCAUACUCCAGACAUGAAGUCCUGCUCUCAGAAAUCUUGAGCAAGCUGCAGUCCUGGGUUCUAACGUAUCCCUCCUGCUGAUCUGCUGUGUGGCCUGGGGGUACUCUCUUCCCCUUCUGGGCCGGUGAUGGGGAGAGGAGCCCCUCCUGGCUCUGCCAAGUGCCUCUGGCACUCCAAACAAGUGUGGGGUAGGGGGAAAGUCACUGAGCCUUGGAGUGGUGGGAAAACAGGCCAGGACUUUGGACUAUGACAAGGUUGAGCCAAUUUGGAAGGUCUUCAUUGUGAUCUGGAAGACAGAUCAGCGAACCUGGAACUUUGUUUUUUAGCUGUUGGACAGUGUCAGAAAUGGUGAAUUACAAUCUCUGUUCAAGCAACCAUAUAGCGUCAGGGAACUAUCACAUUGGUUGUAGGUAUUUUGUCAGACCAAAGCAGACACGCAAAUAUGUUUUAAGUGUCAUUGAUCUCCACAAGACUUUCGCUAAGCAAGUUUUCAGUGUGAGAAACAAAAUAAAAUUGAUUUUCAUCUUGUCAUUAAGUCAACACCCUUGUCUGCUUUAACACUUGCAUUAACACUUCAGCGUGCUCUCCCUGGGGAAGCAGACAUUCAUGUGAGAGGCGUAGAAUCUCCUGCCUUUUUGAAUGUGAAUUCAUUAAAAUUAAAUAAAAUUUAAAAUUCAGUUCCUCAGUUGCACUGGUAACAUUUUAAGGGCUCAGUAGCUGCAUGCGGUUAGUGACUACUCUGUUGGACAGGGCACAUCUAGAACGCCAUCGGAGCGCUGUUGGACUGCACUGCUCUAUACUUAACAGUCUGGGAAGCAGGGACACGUCCUUCUGUGACAGACGACAGACUUGGUCACAGAGGGAAAAUUGGACAAAUUGUGAAGUUAGCUUUUAAAUAUGACUGAAGACUGUUGGCAGUAUAUCUUUUGGGGUAAUGGAUUGGAUCAGAGGUAUGCUGGAAAGAUUUAUGGAAUUUUAUGUCUUCUGUCUGGUAACUCAGAGCUCUGUUAAGUUAGUUCUCAUAUUAUGUUGCUAUAGCCAGGUUUUCAGGAGAAUGCAGCCAAGCUGAAUUCACUGAGGUGGUGAUUUCAGUCAGUGCAUUGGGUCUUAACAUUCAUCAGGGCCUCCAGAGCCUCAGGGCCUUGAGUGCAAGGGCCAGGUAUAGCUGUGGGGGUACUUCUGGUGGGAAGGGAACCUCAUUCUUUCUGCUGAGGCAACCACACUAAGGACCCUGGGCUGGGUGUUGGGCUGAGGUACCUGGUGGUAGGUCCUAGAGCAGGGCAGGGGACUGGGACUCCCUCACAUGAAUGGUAAACAACGUCUGGAUUAAUACUACUGCGCUCAAGCAUCUGAUGAGGACAUCCAGAGAUGUGUUCCUAGGCCAAACCUCAGCUCCCUGUUCCACGAAGUGUGGGUCAUGGACAAGGGCUGACAAGUGUCUCUGAGCUUCCAGGACCCAGCCCACAACUGCUGAGGAAGCCACGUAGCCAGCUGAUGCCUCUCUGUCUGUGGGUCUUUGCUUCUGUGUGUGUCUGUCCCCGCCUCCUGGCCACCCAAACAGAGGAGGGGAAGCUGAGUAGGUCGAGGUCCGCACCGCUGCCUCCGCUCCAGCUAGGAUGUGGCUCUUCCGCACUCUGCUCUACAUGAUCAGCCUUGCUCCUCUGGAGGCCUUCAAUGUGGAUGAGGCCCAGAUCUGGGUAACUCCUAAAGGAGAUACACCCUAUCCACUCAGCUCCCUUCUGCACCAAGACUCCAGCACCAACCAGACCUGGCUCCUGGUCACCAGCCAUCAAACCAAGGGGGAAGCAGACCUCCUGCAUCGUUGUUUCCUCAUCCAAGAUGAGAUCUCUUGCAAACAAGUAGAGACUGUCCCCAUCCCAAAGGGGAGGUACCAGGGAGUGACAGUUGUUCAGAACCACCACAGUGUUUUGAUCUGCAUUCAAGUGCUGGCCCAGCAGCCCCACAGCCUCAGCUCAGAACUCACAGGGACCUGCAGCCUAUUAUCCAACAACUUCCAAAACCACACCCAGGUCCACUUCUCCAACCUUGAAAAUCUGGAUCCCAAUGCACAUAUGGAUGACAGAGACUGCUACAGGAACAAGAAAGGCAGCACAGAGAAGCCAGCCAGGUGGCGCCGGGCUUUGAAGACACAGGAAGACGAGGAGGAGGAGGCAGCUGGCACUGAGAUUGCCAUCAUCCUGGAUGGCUCAGGAAGCAUUGACCCCCCAGACUUCCAGAGAGCCAAAGACUUCAUCUCCAACAUGAUGAGGAACUUCUAUGAGAAGUGCUUCCAGUGCAGCUUUGCCCUGGUGCAAUACGGGGAAGUGAUCCAGACUGAGUUUGAUCUUCGGGACAGCCAGGAUGCGAUGGCCUCCCUUGCCAGAGUCCAGAACAUCACUCAAGUGGGGAAAGUCACCAAGACUGCUUCUGCCAUGCAGCACGUCCUAGACAACAUCUUCACGCCAAGCCACGGCUCCAGAAAAAAUGCAUCCAAGGUCAUGGUGGUACUCACUGAUGGGGACAUAUUUGAGGACCCGCUCAACCUCACUACUGUCAUCAGCUCCCCAAAGAUGCAAGGUGUUGAGCGCUUUGCCAUUGGGGUGGGAAAGGCAUUUGAGAAUAACAAGACCUACAAUGAACUGAAGCUGAUCGCCUCAGACCCUGAUGACAGAUAUGCCUUCAAGGUGACCAACUACACAGCACUGGAUGGACUGCUGAGCAAAUUGCAGCAGAAUAUCAUUCAGAUGGAAGGCACGGUUGGAGAGGCCCUCCACUACCAGCUGGCACAGAUUGGGUUCAGUGCCCAGAUCCUGGAUAAGGGGCAGGUGCUGCUCGGUGCCGUCGGGGCCUUUAACUGGUCGGGGGGCGCACUGCUCUAUGACAUGCACAGCCAUCAGGGUCGCUUCCUGAACCAGACCACAGCAGACACCAAGGAUGUACAGUACAGCUAUCUAGGUUACACAGUGGCCCUGCUGCACAAGGCCUGCGGCCUCUCCUAUGUGGCAGGGGCUCCACGGUACAAGCAGCGGGGGGGCGUGUUUCAGCUCCAGAAGGAGGGCAGAGAGACCAACUUCGUGCCGGUGCUGGCGGGAGAGCAGAUGGGAUCCUAUUUUGGCUCUGAGCUGUGCCCUGUGGACAUUGACAUGGAUGGGACCACGGACUUCUUGCUGGUGGCUGCUCCAUUUUACCACAUUCAUGGAGAGGAAGGCAGAGUCUAUGCGUACCGUCUGAAUGAGCAGAAUGGUUCCUUCUCCUUGGCAUGCACUCUGAGUGGGCACCCUGGAUUCACUAAUGUGCGAUUUGGCUUUGCCAUGGCAACAAUAGGGGAUAUCAGUCAGGAUAACCUCACAGAUGUGGCCGUCGGGGCCCCGCUGGAGGGUCUCGAGGCAGUUGAUGGCACCAGCUUUGGCAGUGUGUACAUCUACAAUGGACGCCAGGAUGGCCUUUCCACCAGCCCCUCUCAGCGGAUCAAAGCUUCAGCGGUGGCCUCAGGACUCCACUACUUUGGCAUGUCAGUGGCUGGUGGCUUAGAUCUGACCGAUGACCGCCUUCCUGACAUCACCGUGGGCGCUCUGGGCCAGGCAACUGUGCUCCGCUCAAGACCUGUGGUUUACCUGAAGGUGUCCAUGACCUUCACCCCCAAGGCCCUGCCCAUUGGCUUCAACAGCAGUGUGAAUGCAUGUUUGUGUUUUCAAAUCAACCCUAUGACCACAGCUGCUAAGUCAGGCUUCAGAGAGACAUUUCUGAACUUCACAGUGGAUGUGGAUGUGGUGAAGCAGAGGAAAAGGCUGCAGUGUUCAGACAAGAGAAUUUGUCAGAGCCACCGUAAGGAGUGGGACGGCCGUGUGUCCCAGCUUUGCGAGCCCCUCCUGCUUAUUCCCACAGAGGGAGAGCUCUGUGAGGAGGACUGCUUCUCCAACAUCAGUGUCAGCAUCGGCUACCAACUCCAGACCUCGGAGGGCCAGAGACACCAUCCCUACCCUGUUUUGGACUUCUACACUAAGCCGUUCGCCAUCUUCCAGCUGCCCUAUGAGAAGAACUGCAAGAAUAAGUUGUUUUGUGUUGCUGAGUUACAGAUGGUCACCACAACCUCUCAGCAGGAAUUGGUGGUGGGUCUCACGAAGGAGCUGACUAUGAACAUUAACCUCACUAACUCUGGGGAAGAUUCCUACGAGACGACCAUGCAUUUGAAUUACCCCAGAAACCUCCAGUUUAAGAGGAUACAAAAGCCUCCUUCUCCAGACAUUCAGUGUGAUGACCCUAAGCCAAAUGCUUCUGUGCUGGUCAUGAGCUGCAAGAUUGGUCACCCUAUACUCAAGAGGUCAUCUGCAAACUUUUCAGUGGUUUGGCAGCUAGAGGAGAAUGCCUUUCCAAACAGGACAGCCAAUAUCACUGUGACGGUCACCAAUUUCAAUGACAGAAAGUCUUCCGUCACACAGAGCCACAGCCUUCAAUUCAAGCGUGCCUUCACGGCAGUUCUUCCUAAACCUUCAGUUAUGUACAUGAACCCAAGCCAGGGGCUUUCUGUCUACAAAGAAUUCCUCUUCAAUAUACAUGGGGAAAAUCUCUUUGGAGCUAUAUUCCAGCUGCAAAUUUGUGUUCCAAUCAAAUUACGAGAUCUCCAAUUUAUAAGAGUGAAAAACCUGACAAAGAUUCAGGCCCACACUGAAUGCAGCUGUAGUCAGAAGCAAGAGUGUGGGAGCGAUCCUGCUGCGUAUGUGGAAGAAUGGUAUUCAGUGAACUGCACCAUCGCUUCGAAUAAAGAAAAUGUAACGGUGGCUGCAGAGCUCUCCUUGACUCAAUCUCAGUUACCAGUACCUGAACUGCACAUCCUUGGUGAAAUAUCUUUCAACAAAUCUCUAUAUGAGGGGCUGAAUGCAGAGAACCACAGAACUAAGAUCACUGUCAUCUUCCUGAAGGAGGAGUAUUAUUUGCCUGUCGUCAUUAUCAUUAUUUUAAGCAGUGUUAGUGGCCUUCUGGCUUUGACCGUGAUUAUAAUCAUCCUAUUCCAGUGUGGCUUUUUUAAAAGAAAAUACCAACAUGUGAACUUGGACAGCACAAGGAAGGCCCAGCUGAAAUCAGAGAAUCUGCUCGCAGAAGAAAAUUAGGACCAGCUUCCUCAUCUCUUGGGAGAGAACAUCAACCAGUGUUGGUGUCGUUCCUUUUUUUUUUUUUUUUAAGAUGUUCUAGAGUGGAAUCGAACAGAUUGUUUGUGAGAUAUUGUUUUUUAACCAUACUUUGUCCCGAAAGUGUGUGUUGUGCAGAAAAUAAACUUGGGAAACAUCUGAUA